CGAGAGAGAGAGAUGAGAACCUUUUCCCUCCCUCUCAAGCAAACCAGGUCAGCAUAGGUCACAUGCAAACGUAACCAAACAAAUCCACGCGAGCAGUUUCCAUUUCCGGCCCUUCAAUCCUGCACCGCCGCGAAAGCCCCCUCACCUCCGUUCCCUCCAUGGCGGCCUCUCCUUUACUCCUCGCACGCCGUCCACUCCGGCCUCCUCCCGCAACUGACAUCGACUCCCACAGGCACCAUAAAGAUCCCAGACCGCUUCGGCAGCUCUAGAGGAGGAGGAGGAAGUGGAAGUGUUGCCAGGUCGGUUCUUCUUCCAGCUCUCGUUGGGGGUUGAGGAGGACAGGAGGUGAAAGGCAGGAGGACGGAUGGGGCGCGGCAAGAUCGAGAUCAAGAGGAUCGAGAACUCCACCAACCGGCAGGUGACCUUCUCCAAGCGCCGGGCCGGGAUCAUCAAGAAGGCCCGCGAGAUCGGCGUGCUCUGUGAUGCCGAAGUCGGCGUCGUCAUCUUGUCCAGCGGCGGCAAGUUCUACGACUACUGCUCGCCCAGGACCACGUACGCUGCCCAGGAUCUUGGAGAAGUACCAGACCAACUCUGGGAAGAUACUGUGGGAUGAGAAGCACAAGAGCCUGAGUGCAGAGAUCGACCGGGUCAAGAAGGAGAACGACAACAUGCAGAUUGAGCUCAGGCAUCUGAAAGGCGAGGACCUCAACUCCCUGCAGCCCAGGGAGCUGAUCGCCAUCGAGGAGGCGCUCCAGAACGGGCAGACCAACCUGCGCGACAAGCAGAUGGACCACUGGAGGAUGCACAAGAGGCAUGGGAGGAUGCUGGAGGAUGAGCACAAGCUGCUGGCUUUUAGGGUGCACCAACAGGAUGUGGAGCUGAGCGGCGGCAUGAGGGAGCUGGAGAUCGGGUACCAUCACGUCCAUCACGACAGGGAUUUCACUUCCCAGAUGCCGUUCACCUUCCGGGUGCAGCCCAGCCACCCCAACCUGCAGGAAGACGAAGACGAGUAGCUAGGCUGCUGUAUCCUAAAUUCCUAAUGCGCCUAUGAACUGAAGCUCUUCAGCUGCAUCUUCUAGUCUCCAAUUUUCUCGUCUACUGUUAGUUGUGUAACUUUCUUUUCAUGCCAAUCUGGAUGAACAAUGUUGUCUGUCGGUUAUUUUGAUGCGUUCGUGUAGAUCUCUUUGGUAUGCCAGUUUCGGUCCAUGUAGAAAUGAUGUCAGAACUAGGACUGAAAUGCAGUUUCGGUCCAUGUAGAAAUGAUGUCAGAACUAGGACUGAAAUGUGAAAUUAACUUCGUAGCU